CAACGAAGCAGAGUUCUAAUUCUAGUCCAAUAUUAUAGGUAGAUAUCAUAGAUUUGUAAUUCUUUCCUUAGACGCCUGUCCACUAGUUACAGAGAAAUUUAUAAGUUCUAAUAACGGGGUACGGGAAUAACAAAGGCGCAAACGGCAAACCAAAACCCUUUGAUUUCUGGCGGGAAUAGUGAAAAUAAAAAAAAAUAAAAAAAGGAAGUCUUAAAAAUAUUGAAUAGAGGCGGCCUUUUGAGUGAAUCAGAUUGUGGAAAACGGAAAUGGGAUCGGAAGCUGCUCUUCCCAAAUGGGCCUCUACUCCUUGCAUUAUGGGCAUCGACGAAGCCGGCCGUGGCCCUGUUUUAGGACCCAUGGUGUACGGAUGCCUUUACUGUGCUCGCUCUUAUCAGAAAACUCUUGCUACCUUGAAUUUUGCAGAUUCAAAGACUCUAAAAGAAGAGAAGAGGGAAGAAUUGUUCGAGAAUUUAAAGGCUGAUGAGUCGAUAGGGUGGUCUGUUGAUGUUAUAGAUCCGAGGGAGCUCUCUGCUAAAAUGCUAAAGAAGAAUAAGGUGAACCUGAACGAAAUAUCACAUGAUUCUGCAAUUGGCCUGAUCAAUAGGGUAUUAAACAUGGGAGUUCUUCUAACUGAGGUUUACCUUGAUACAGUUGGAGAUGCUGACAAGUAUAGAAUCAAAUUGUCUGAAAGAUUUCCUUCCAUCAAAUUUGUGGUUGCAAAGAAGGCUGAUAGUCUUUAUCCAGUUGUGAGUGGGGCAAGCAUAGUUGCUAAGGUAACCAGAGACAAAGCCUUGCGAGAAUGGGUGUUAGAGGAAACAACUGAAAACAUGCAUAGGAGUUUUGGUUCUGGAUAUCCAGGAGAUCCUGAAACAAAGGCCUGGCUGGCACAUCACAAACACUCAGUAUUUGGAUUCCCAACACUGGUUCGCUUCAGUUGGGGUACAUGCACUUCAUAUUACAAGGAUAUGGUUGAAGUAUUCUGGGAAUCUGAUAGAGUGGAUGAGGAUGUUGCUAACAGCAGCAGUGGAAAGCAGUUGAAAUUAAGGAAUGUUGGUUUCACCCCGUCAAAGAGGAAGAGUGAAGAAAUGGAAUCAAGUGCCAAAGGGCGUUGUAAGUUCUUCCAGACUCGUAAGCUUGAGCAGCUCACUCAUUUCUAGGAAUAUCAAAUCGAUGACUUCAUUCCUGUUGAAUCCUUGAUUCGCUUUGAGAUUUUAUAUUUCUUGAUGAAAGUCCAUGCAAUCUUGAUUAUGCAUUCUUAACAUUCACCAUGUGUUGAGAUUGUAGUAGCACUUCGAAGAAAUCAGCUUUGUUUUCUUUC